AUGAUCACUCGGCGAAAAUCGGUGGCGCUCGCAGUGGCGCUUCCGGUGGUGCUGCUGGUGAUAGUGAACCGUUUGGAACCGUGCGAAGGACAUGGGCGCCUGAUAGAGCCCCCGAGCCGGGCCUCGGCCUGGCGGUACGGAUUCUCGACGCCACCGAACUACAACGAUCACGAGCUGUACUGUGGCGGGUUCAACCGGCAGUGGCAGAAGAACUCGGGCAAGUGCGGCGAGUGUGGCGAUCCGUUCGAUGCGCCCUCACCGCGGCCGCAUGAGUUUGGCGGCAAAUGGGGCCAGGGUGUGGUGGUCCGACGCUACAAGCCUGGAGCCGCCAUCACAGUCCGCGUGGAACUGACCGCCAGUCACAUGGGCUAUUUCGAGUUCCGGAUCUGUGACAGUGUACAGGCGAAGCAGGAUUGCCUGGACAAGCACCUGAUGCGGAUCGUCAGCGGAACGCCCAGUAUCCCGAACGCGAGCGAUCUGAAGACGCGCUUCUACCCGCGCAACGGGAGCCGUAUUUACGACAUGAAAGUCGAGCUUCCGGCAGAUCUGAACUGCAGCAACUGCGUCGUCCAGUGGAAGUACGUGGCCGGCAACAACUGGGGCAUCUGUCCGGACGGGAAUGGAGCCGUCGGCUGUGGACCGCAGGAAGAGUUCCGAGCGUGUGCCGACGUGUCGGUAGGCGAUGGGGAUGGACCGAACCGCACGCCACUGCGGCCGGGCCAGAAACCGGUGCCAACGCGGGCACCGGACGGCAGCAAACCGGCUGUUCCGGCCGACGGUACCGACGAGGCGAUCGAUACAGAGCCACCGAAGGGCGUCCCGUACAUGGGCCCCGUCGUGGCUCUGUUGUCGCUUUUUCUGGUCCUAUGUGGAUUUGCUGCGCUAUAUAUUUACCAUUAUCACGGGGGCCGGAUAAAGGCGCUGAUGCGCUGGAACCGCGAGAAGACCCAGAAGAUCGUUCACGUCGAGCCACCGAACGCGGUGCCGGAUGUCGAGGCACCGGUGCCACCGCCACGCACCAAGCGGCUGCGCGACAUCGACUGCCAGCAAUCGAGCGUCCUGACCGGCAGCACCAAGCACCAACCGUACGCGGUGUCCGACGUGAACGCGAGACCCCACGGUGGCGACUGAGCUGCCCGCAGCAUCUGGCAGUGUACACCGCGUUUUAUUUAUUUGCAGUGUGGGGUCGCCCCUAAGCCUUUGGGAGAGAAACGGAAUAGUUGAAGAAAAAUGCUAAGGAGUACGGAAUGGAGUAGGAGUUUCCGAAACACAAACAAUCCUCCCACGAACGGGCACGAACAGCCGGCCACAGCCAGCGAAGCCAGCAACCCUGCCAGUAAGGAGGAGCUGUAAGAUAACAGUUUUCUUGUUAUCCCCACACGACGACGAC